CUGGGCUCCCAUUUCCCAAGGAUGCUAAAGCCUCAUCCAGCACAAUCGUGACUGGAACGCUUGUGAAGUUUAGCUUUGUCCCUCAGGUCGUCUCCAAUGGCUAAAAAAUUCAAACUGCUGUGCGUGCUUUGGCUGGUCCUAGCCUGUUCUACAGUAUUUGGGGUGUCUUCUGAGCCAGAGUAUCAAAAUAAAACUCCAACAACAGAAGCUUCCCCAACAACAACAGAAAUACCGGCAGCAAGAAUUAAGCUACAGGCAACAACAACAGAAGCACCUGAAAUAACAACGGAAGCUCCUGAAACGACAACGGAAGCUCCUGAAACGACAACAGAAGUUCCUGAAACAACAACGGAAGCUCCUGAAACGACAACAGAAGCUCCUGAAACGACAACAGAAGCUCCUGAAACAACAACAGAGGUUCCUGAAACAACAACAGAAGCACCUGAAACGACAACAGAAGUUCCUGAAACAACAACAGAAGCUCCUGAAACGACAACAGAAGCUCCUGAAACAACAACAGAAGCACCUGAAACGACAACAGAAGCACCUGAAACGACAACGAAAGCUUCUGAAACAACAACAGAAGCUCCUGAAACAACAACGGAAGCUCUUGAAACAACAACAGAAGCACGUGAAACAACAACAGAAGCUCCUGAAAUAACAACGGAGGCUCCUGAAACGACAACGGAAGCUCCUGAAACGACAACAGAAGCACCUGAAACGACAACGGAAGCUCCUGAAACAACAACGGAAGCUCCUGAAACAACAACGGAGGCUCCUGAAACGACAACAGAAGCUCCUGAAACAACAACAGAGGUUCCUGAAACAACAACAGAAGCACCUGAAACGACAACAGAAGUUCCUGAAACAACAACAGAAGCUCCUGAAACGACAACAGAAGCUCCUGAAACAACAACAGAAGCACCUGAAACGACAACAGAAGCACCUGAAACGACAACGAAAGCUUCUGAAACAACAACAGAAGCUCCUGAAACAACAACGGAAGCUCUUGAAACAACAACAGAAGCACGUGAAACAACAACAGAAGCUCCUGAAAUAACAACGGAGGCUCCUGAAACGACAACGGAAGCUCCUGAAACGACAACGGAAGCACCUGAAACGACAACGGAAGCUCCUGAAACAACAACGGAAGCUCCUGAAACAACAACGGAGGCUCCUGAAACGACAACAGAAGCUCCUGAAACAACAACAGAGGUUCCUGAAACAACAACAGAAGCACCUGAAACGACAACAGAAGUUCCUGAAACAACAACGGAAGCACCUGAAACGACAACGGAAGCUCCUGAAACAACAACAGAAGCUCUUGAAACGACAACGGAAGCACCUGAAAUUACAACGGAAGCUCCUGAAACAACAACAGAAACUCCUGAAACAACAACAGAAGCUCUUGAAACAACAACAGAAGCUCCUGAAACAACAACAGAAGCUCCUGAAACAACAACAGAAGCUCCUGAAACAACAACAGAACCUCCUAAAACAACACCGGAAGCUCCUGAAACGACAACAGAAGUUCCUGAAACAACAACAGAGGCACCUGAAACAACAACGGAAGCUCCUGAAACGACAACGGAAGCUCCUGAAACAACAACAGAAGCUCUUGAAACAACAACAGAAGCUCCUGAAACAACAACAGAAGCUCCUGAAACAACAACAGAAGCUCCUGAAACAACAACAGAACCUCCUAAAACAACACCGGAAGCUCCUGAAACGACAACAGAAGUUCCUGAAACAACAACAGAGGCACCUGAAACGACAACGGAAGCACCUGAAACGACAACAGAAGGACCUGGGACGACAACAGAAGCACCUGAAACAACAACAGAAGCUCUUGAAACAACAACAGAAGCACCUGAAACGACAACGGAAGCUCCUGAAACAACAACAGAAGCUCCUGAAACAACAACGGAAGCUCCUGAAACGACAACGGAAGCUCCUGAAACAACAACAGAAGCUCUUGAAACAACAACAGAACCUCCUAAAACAACACCGGAAGCUCCUGAAACGACAACGGAAGCUCCUGAAACGACAACGGAAGCUCCUGAAACAACAACAGAAGCACCUGAAACGACAACAGAAGCACCUGAAACGACAACGGAAGCUCCUGAAACAACAACAAAGGCACCUGAAACGACAACGGAAGCUCCUGAAACGACAACAGAAGGACCUGGGACGACAACAGAAGCACCUGAAACAACAACAGAAGCUCCUGAAACAACAACGGAAGGUCCUGAAACAACAACGGAAGCUCCUGAAUCAACAACAGAGGCUCCUGAAACAACAACGGAAGCACCUGAAACAACAACAAAAGCACCUGAAACCACAACAGCAGCACCUGAAACGACAACGGAAGCUCCUGAAACAACAACGGAAGUAACUGAAACAACAACGGAAGCAACUGAAACAACAACAGAAGCUCCUGAAACAACAACAGAAGCUCCUGAAACAACAACGGAAGCACCUGAAACGACAACGGAAGCACCUGAAACGACAACCGAAGCACCUGAAACAACAACGGAAGCACCUGAAACGACAACAGAAGCUCCUGAAACGUCAACGGAAGCACCUGAAACGACAACGGAAGCACCUGAAACGACAACGGAAGCUCCUGAAACAACAACAGAAGCACCUGAAACAACAACAGAAGGACCUGGAACUACAACAGAAGGUCCUGGAACAACAACAACAGAAGGUCCUGGAACAACAACAACAGAAGGACCUGGAACGACAACAGAAGGUCCUGGAACAACAACAACAGAAGGUCCUGGAACAACAACAACAGAAGGUCCUGGAACAACAACAACAGAAGGACCCGGUACAACAACAACAGCUUCGAUACCGACUAAGCCUCCAGGCCCUUGUGACUCACACCCAUGUGGUCGUGGCAGCAUUUGUGAGCCUCGUGCUGACCAAACCUAUGUUUGCCGCUGUUUGCCUGGUGAGGUCUACAACAAUAAAAGCAAAAACUGUGAGAAUGCCAAGGUUUUCCCUGGAAACUUGAAUGUCCCUGAAAUAACAUAUGAUCCAAAAAUGGAAAACAAGACAUCGCAAGAAUUUAGAGAUGCCUCAAGUAAAAUUAUUGAUGCACUGUCACCAUUAUUCCAGAAGGAGAACGGCUACCUUGAGUCUAUUGUGGUUGAAAUCCAACCGGCGCCAGCAACAGCACGUGCGUCACAGGGAGAUGGUGUCAGAGCAACGGUAGACAUCAUCUUUGAAGCCAGUUCUGAAGUCAAAUCAGACACUGUUGAAAAAGUGGUCAAGGAAGCUGUUGGCUGUUCAGACUGUGUGCUGGCAGGAGGGGAAUUUACUGAGAAAAACCUGUGUGACUCCAACACCUGUGACAGCGAAACUACCAAGUGCACUUCAACAGAUGGAGUCUUUACAUGUCCCUGUAAUGACGGCUACAUCAAGACAGACUUCAGUGUCAGAAUGUGUUCUGCUUGUCCCAGUGGACAACGUUCACCAGAUUCUAAGACGUGUGAAGCUUGUUCCUUUGGAUAUUCUGGUUUUAACUGCAAGGACUCCUGGCAGCUGGUGCUGGUCAUCGUGGGCUCAGUGCUUGGUGGGCUGCUGCUCAUAUCACUCAUCCUUCUGCCCGUGGUGGCAGUCAAAGGGUCAAAGAAGAGCUAUGAAGAUACUGAGACAUCGUAUAGCAACCCUCUUCCCAUCAAGUUACCACUGGGUCAGGCACAAGCAGCUAAUGGCUUGACUUUCACCAACCAAGGGGGACUUAAAAUCCCACGAGCCACAACCACCAGCAGAACCAACUUGGAGAUGACUCCAGCCAACAGUUCGUGGUUCAACCAGCACAACCAGUACGCCCAGAGUCGCCCACAGAUGAACCCCUAUGCACGGAGUCAAGGCUACAGCAACCCUCACUACAACGGGCGACACUGAUGACUGAUGAGGGAGCACUUCCAGCCCGGAUCAACUCUCUUCUCUGGACAGAGCAAUGAACAGAAGCACUUUUCCCUGUUAUUGUACAUCCUUGACAACAUGUGAGCUCUGACUAAUUACAAAUUCUUGGUUAAAGCACUGUGGGUCCUUUCAGAGGUUUGUUUGCAACUUUUAUUACUGUUAUCAAAAUUAUGUUCUCAGAAUGUCAGCUUCUAGAUCAUGUGACACCAUUGUCUCAUCUAUGAAUUUACAAGAUUUCAAACUGUUUAUGGCGAGUUUAUUGUUUUAAUAUAAAUCCUUUUGCAAAUCAGUUCCUAUAAGUUCCUGUACUGUGUUACAUGUAACUGUGUUUUAUUUAUAUUUAACCCUACUAUGGCUGAUUUCUGCCAAUUUGUUAUUUUGCAAUAAUAAAAUAUUGACUUUGAAAAUAAGUUUCGAUUCACUGAAUC